AUGCUGGUAAAAUUAAGAAAUAUAACCUAUAUAGCUAUACUAAAAGUGGACUGCAAACCCAAAGGUGAUCAGAAGUAAACUAAGCGUUGUAUUGCCGUGUUGAUCAAUUUAAAUACAGUUACUACAUAAUUUGUAUACUGUUUCUAAAAAAAAUUUUCAAUAUCAAUUUCAUUCGUAGAAGAAAUUCAUCAAAAUGUAAAUAUUUACACAGUAUAUUUUAUACAGUAUUUUCUAUCACAUUAAUUUUCGCAUUUAUAUCAAAACUUAACCUUACUCUUUUACAUAAAUUUUACAUGAUGCCUAUGAUUUUUAAAUUUCUAUCGAUAUUUAAAUUUUAUUCUAACAAAAAACUAUUUUUAGGUCUUCUUUAACUAAGCCAAAGUCUGAAAUGACUCCUGAGGAAUUAGCAAAACGAGAAGAAGAAGAAUUUAACACUGGGCCACUUUCAGUAUUAACUCAAUCUGUGAAAAAUAAUACGCAAGUUUUAAUUAAUUGCAGAAAUAACAAAAAAUUAUUAGGAAGAGUAAAAGCAUUUGAUAGACAUUGUAACAUGGUUUUAGAAAAUGUGAAAGAAAUGUGGACUGAACUUCCACGUACUGGAAAAGGAAAAAAGAAGGCAAAGCCAGUAAAUAAAGACAGAUUUAUCUCAAAAAUGUUUUUGAGAGGAGAUUCUGUCAUUUUGGUUCUACGAAAUCCUUUAGCAACAGCAUCAGGAAAAUAA